UGGUAACAAAUAUCUAUUUUGGCAUUCUAUAUAUUAAACGGACUAAUUAGUUGUGACAAUAUUUUUGCUGUCCAUAAACUUUAUGUUAGUUAUUAUAUGUAAUGUAAUCGAAGAUCAUCUGGGUUUUGUUGUACAUAUUUUGAUUGAUUUGACAUUGGAUACUAUUUGAUCUUCUAGGAGUGACUUAUGUUGACUCUCUUAUAGAACAAUUUUUGUUUUCACAUUAUCUAGUUUGUCUCUAUUUAGAACCACAAUUUGCUUUGCUUUUUUAUUUCCUAUUGGGCCCAUUUGGUUGUCGUCAUGAGUAGACAAUUAGUAUUUGGUACCUUCAUUCUGGAGACAUGAUUUACUGUCCUUGUUUUCGGCCCAAUAUGAUGUAAAUAUCAUUAUUUUCAUCCUUAAUUGGAUGAACUAGUUGUAAUUUGAUAUUCAAUAGAAAUUAAUGUCAAUGAAUUAUUGCCAAUCUCUAGGACAUGUACUCAUAAAACAUUUUUCUAAUGUUAUGCAAAUCAGCUGAAUUACUAUAUUUAUAGCCCUGCUUCAGCAACACAUUUAAGUACCUGUUAAGCAAUCAUAAGAAUCUGAGAAAAAAACCUUCUGAAAAUACUAUAAUUGGAAGAAAAAAAAUUACACUAUCAAUCAAUUGUAAUCAUCAAAUUAUUAAAAUUGUUUGACUUUAAAAAUAAGUAUUUUUAAAAUCACACAUUCGACAAUACUUGUAAUUCAUGGAAAGUGUAAAUUUUACUGUGUAACACAAAGAAAAUUACUCUCUUUUUGUCAUCCUAAACUAAAGGAAUUAGAUGCAACACACUAUUCAUUAAGCAUGUGAUAUUGGCACUUAAUUAUGUGUAAUCACUCAUUUUUUAUAUGCAAAAUCUGCUUCAUCCACUUCAUACUUUUUGUACUGAAAAGUGAGAACAUGAUAACAUGAAAAGUUUUUAAAUUUUAUUUUCAUAUGCAUUUCCUAGUUUCUCGCUAACAAAUAAAUAUCCUCUAGAUCUGUGUAAAAGUUCAAUCACAUUAACAAGUUGUAAUUUGUAAAUUUUGAUUAUGAUUACCUUAAGUUUAAGUUUUGUGCAUGAGUUGACAAUCACUUUUUGCUUUUUUAAAUGAAGUACUUAUUAAGCAAUCACUAGAUCAAUGCUAGAAUAAUCCAAUAGCCAGGUACUACCAAAGUUCUAUAUUUAUUAUAAUGCAUAGAACAUGGAAAUAUCAAACCUCAAUAUCCUCACUUUCAAGUUGUUCAUUUUGUUUCCCUUUAUGAUUUUCAUCUUCAAAUGAUUAAUUUUUGUGUUCUUAAUUAUUUCAACAUUAGUCUUGAUGUUAUGGAUGAAUGAAUAUUUUCUCUUUGUGAUGCAUAUGGUUAGUUAUUUCAUAAUCUGAAAUUUCACAUCUCAAACUUUUAUAAGUUAUGUGUUUUUUUUAGAAUUUUAUCUCUAUGUACUUUAUUUUUAUGCAAAAAAAAAAGCACAUGAAAUCUUUGGAUAUUCAAAGUCCUAGAAGAAUGACAAAACAAAAUUUUAAUAAUAAUAAUAAUACAAAGUUAAAAAGAUGGAAGAGUGUUUAUCUGUUUAUCUUUAUAGUUGGUUCUAUUGCUCUUCUCCUUUCUGGUGCAUCCAUGUCCAAAUUCUUCUCUUUGAAAUCAUUUUUUGAUGUUGAAUCUUUCUACACUCAUCUAACUCCUGAAGGCAUAAAUAGGAAUCAAAAUGAAGUGUUAAUGUUAACAACAGUGCAAAGUGUGAUUCAAAAAAUUCAAAAGGAACUUGAGAAAUUGAAGAAAAUAGAUCAAGAUCCAUUGUUGUCGUCAUCACAAUCUGUAUUGCAACAAGGUGUUUUUCUUUCUGACAUAUUAGGACUACUUGAGUCUAUAGAAUCAUCUAACUUUCAUAGUGAAAGGCAAAAUGAUAGUUUCGUCAUUCAUCCUUUGACGAAAGGAAAGAAACAAUAUUCUAGCGAACCUGCUAAUUACUUUCUGAGAGAAGAGAUUCGAAAAUAUAUCAGAAUCAAGCCUAAUAGAUUAAGAAAACAAAAUUUCAUAGGGGCAAAUGCAACAUUCACUAGCAUAGGACAUGCAUGUUUUGACAUGAAAGAAGAGUUAGAAGAGUACAUGAAUUAUGAUAUUGGUGAAAUAUGUAAUGAUGAUUGGAAACUAGCUCAAAAGCUUAUGGUUCAUGGAUGUGAUCCUUUACCAAGAAGAAGGUGUUUUUCAAGAGCACCUAAGUUAUAUAACAAACCAUUUUCUAUCAAAGAUUCUAUGUGGAAAAUCCCUGAUGAUAGAAAUGUUAGAUGGAGUCAAUAUAGGUGCAAGAACUUUUCUUGUCUUGCAAGCAACAAAAAUACUCAAAAGGGUUUCUUCAAGUGUGCAGAUUGUUUCAAUCUAACUGAUCAUGAGAUGCCAAGGUGGAUAAGAUUAGAUGGUGAUUCAAUUUCAAACCAAAAAAUUGAAGCUGAUUUUUUCAUAGAUGAUGUUCUUGGAAUUAAACAAGGUGAGAUUAGAAUAGGAUUGGAUUUUAGUGUUGGAACAGGUACUUUUGCAGCUAGGAUGAGGGAAUUUAAUGUUACAAUUAUUUCAGCUACUAUUAAUUUUGGUGCACCUUUUAGUGAAAUGAUAGCUCUUAGAGGACUUGUUCCUCUUUACUUGACUAUAAAUCAAAGGCUUCCAUUUUUUGACAAUACACUUGAUUUGAUUCAUACAACAAGGUUUCUAGAUGGUUGGAUUGAUUUUGUGUUAUUGGAUUUUGUAUUGUAUGAUUGGGAUAGAGUUUUGAGACCAGGAGGGUUGCUUUGGAUUGAUAGUUUUUUUUGUUUGAAGGAAGAUUUGUAUGAUUAUUUGCAAGCAUUCAAAAUGUUGAGAUAUAAGAAGCAUAAAUGGAUUGUUGUUCCAAAGCUUGACAAGGAUGAUCAAGAAAUGUUCUUUUCUGCUGUUUUAGAGAAGCCUUCUAGGCCAUUCAGGUGAUUUUAUAAAUG